AUGUUAUGUCCUGAGGUUUGGAAAUUUGAUUAUCCAAAAAAUAAUAUGUUUUUGGAAAUCGGCCGUUUAUCAAAAAAAUCGGAUCAAUUCUUAGAAAAACUUAUUUGUAAACAUCCAUUUAAUCAAACUUUUUCAGUUGUAAUAGCCGAAGAGAAUUCAGAUAAUAUACCAGAAAAAAUUUUAUCUCAUUUAAAUGGAUCAUUUUACUAUAUAGUAAACGAUAUAAAACUUACCGAUUUAAUUAGGAAGGACUUUAUAGAGGCAUUUGUAAAAAGAGGAAAGUUCACCGCUCUAAACUUGGUCGAAUUCAAUGAAAUUGAUGAUAUUUUUGCUGUAAGACCAGACGGAAAAUUGAUUUUAAUAAUAAAUAAAGAUUUAUAUCAAUCAAUAGGACUUGACGGUCGAGUUCAUAGCAGUUUUACAAGAAGGAAAGAUCGUUUCGGUAAAUAUAAAGAAAUAUCAAUUUUUAAACAUUAG